UUAUGAGAUAUAUAUAUCUCAGAUUUACUUUCAAAUCAAGUUUAAUCUCAAAUUAUACUCCUAAUUGGUGAACUUCAAAACUUUUCUAAAUAUCCAUUUGAGAUUAUAUAAUACAUAUAUACAUUUGUGUAUAUACAUACAUAUAUACGUGAGCUGUUUUUGCUCACAACACUUCUGUCACCAAAUGUGUGAGAUUUUUUUCUCACCCAAAUCUAUUCUUCAACUCUCUGGUGUUCUACAAUUCAAUUCAAUUCUGACACUAAUUACCCAGAGUCAGCAUCAGACUCCACAGGUCCAAGGGCUCAGUCCCACCGAAAUGGUCUCACUGCAGACACCAGUCACAAGUGUCAGGUCCCCAGGCUACACCACACUUCCGUCUGACUUGAAUCCAAAGUUGGGGGGUUCCGAUAGUGCCUCUUCCUUACAGGUUUGAUCCAUUGCCAGAACUACUCACAAAACUCUUGAAAAUAUUUUACUUACUAUUAUCAGUUCAUCAUAAAAGAUACAAAUGAACAGCCAGAUGAAGAAAUAUUAUAUAGGGUGAGGUCCAGAAGAGUCCCUAGCAGAGGGGCUUCUGUCCCUGGGGAGUUGGGGUGCACCACCUUCCUAGCACUUAGACAUGUUUACCAACUCCAAAGGUCUCCCAACCUUAUUGUUGAGGGGUUUUUAUGGGGUUUUCAUUAUAUAGGCAUAAUUGAUUAACUCAAUCUCCAACCCCUUCCCCUCCCUGGAUAGAGGGUGGGGCUGAAAGUUCCAAGCUUCUACUCAAGACUUGGUCUUUCUGGCAACCAGCUUCCAUCCUAAAUUAGCUAGGUACCCACCAAGUAUCACCUCAUUAGAACAAAAGAUGGUCCCAUCACCCUUAUCACUCAUGAAAUUUGAAGGGUUUUAGGAGCUCUGUUCCAGGAACCGGGGACAAAGACCAAAUAUCUUUCGAUGAUACCAUGUAUGUAUGUACAUAACCUCACAGGAAUGUUUAUACAGUUUUGAAAUUCACUCAUUAUGAGUGUGAUUUGAAAUGAGAUACUCCAAAAUGUAAGCCCGAUAUCCAAAUGUCACCAGCCUGUCCCUGCCUACUGGUCUCCUUCCAUACAUAUGCACUUUUUGCUUGUCCUUCCUCUCAGACUUCUAGGAUAUUCUUUUUCUGGUACACAGAUUAGGAAUUGUUUACAUGAGAUCCUGCCUCAGUGAAAGUGGCAGAGCUUCAUUCUAGGAGAUCCAAGGGAAAGCUUUGCUUUGAAACAUUUAUUCUAGGCUGCAAAUCCACAACCCUAGUUGGCCUUCCAUUAAAGUCACUAAUUCAGCAGUCCCAUAUUCAGUAUGCAUUACUGUUAAUAUGUUGCACCAUCUCCACUCCCCUGAGAGCUUAUAUUUUUAAUUUUUAUUUUUAGAGACAGUGUCUCACUCUGUCACCUACUUAUUGUAACCUCAAACUCCUCAGCCCAAGCAGUCCUCUCACCUUAGCCUCCCAAGUUGCCAGGACUAUAGGCAUGCACCACCAUGUCCAGCUAAUUUUUAAAUUUUUUGUAGAGACAGGGUCUUGCUAUGUUGGCCAGAUUGGUAUUGAACUCCUGGCUUCCACAAUACCCUGUCUCAGCCUCCCAAAGAACUGGGAUUACAGAUGUGAGCCACUGCACCUGGCCAGAGAGCUUAUAUUCUUAUAGGAAUGGGAAGACUGCCUAUGUUAUGUAUUGCUACAUAAUACAUUACCCCCAAACUUAGUGACUUAAAACAAACGUUUAUUAUCUCCAUUUCUGUGGGUCAAUAAUAUAGGCAUGACUUAGCUGGGCCAGAGUUUCUCCAAAGUCUGUGAUCAAGGUGUCAGCUGGGCCUGCAGUCAUCUCAAGGCUCCACUAGAGGAGCAUUCACUGGCAGACUUAUUCAAAUGGCUGUUGGCUGAUCCUCGAUGGCUAUUGGCCCCCCUAUUGGUUUCUUGCCCUUGGGCCCCUCCAUAGUGCUACUUGCUACUUACAACAUGGCAGCUUGCUUUGCCCAGAGCAGGGACUCUGAGGGAGGCAGGGAAAUAAAGAGCAAGAGAGAGGUCACAGUCUUAUUGUAAUCUGAUUCUGGAAAUGACAGCUCAUUACUUUUGGCAUAUUAUUUUGGUUAGAAGCAAGACAACAGUAGAUCUAGCCCACACACGAGAGGAGGAUCACACAAGGAGGUGAAUACCAGGAGGUGGGGUCAUUGGGAGCCAUCUGAGAGGCUGCCCACCACACUGCCUCAAGUAACUAGGGAGAGGUAAAAGUUUGUAUGCCAAAUGACCAAAUAUUAAAAUGUGCGUUACAAAUAGUUCACGAUGGGCUGCAGCUGUCAGGCUUUACAAAGGAGCUAUGGGACCUUAUAAGGACAGUUGGAGCUGGCUAGGUAUCACAUAGUGGUCUUCAAACAUUUUUGCUUGCCAUAACCUCUAAAAUAAUUGGGAAAAAGUUGAAUGUACUUCCAUAUCUUAAAGCUGAUAAUUUAAAAUAUUAUACAUUUAAUAGCAGCAUGGGAUUUAGUUUUUGUUAAAUGGUAUAUGUGCUCCAAAUAGAUUUACCAUCAAAACCUGUUUUGAAUUUAAUAUUGGGAGAAUUCGCUCAUUUAAUUUUUGGAAAAUAAAGUAUAAUUGGCAAAGCUAAUCCUCACUGUUGAAUCUAUCAGUCAAAUCAGAUAUAAUUUAUAUCAGAAAGUCUAUAUGACUUGUCAACAUAAUACCCAUAAAGUGAAUCAAAAAUUAUUAUUCAUUGAACACAUCAUCUCUUAUCAAAUGCUUGUGACCUUCCUUCUGGUUGUAUAAUAGCCUAAAAAAAAAAAAAUGACAAAAACAAGUUUCCAGAAAGCUGUUCUGAUUUGCCUACUGCUGAAAAGUAGUCCUGUAUGGUGGGUUCUGAAAAUGAGGAACCAGGACUUGCAGAGUAGGCAGUUGCUGGAGGAAGAAUGUGAGCUGCAUGGGAAAAGACAGGAGGAUUUACAAAGAGUGGGUGUUUAAUUGGGGAUGGAAUUAGACUUCUGAGAAGUUCCAGAAAAUAAAUCAGAUGGUGUGUAACAGCGACCGUGUGCUCAAAAGAAGUGCUGAAGGAAGCAACCCUCCUAAACCGCUGAAAAAACUACGCUUUGAUAUUGAAGGAUCAGAUGAAGCAGAUGGAAGUAAACAUCUCCCAGGAGAGUCCAAAUUUCAGCAGAAACUGGCAGAAAUGACUUCUACUCGAACACGAAUGCAAAAGCAGAAAAUGAAUGAUAGCAUGGAUACCUCAAACAAGGAAGAGAAAUGAGGAUCUCAGGACCUUGGUGGAUACUGUGUACACCUCUGGAUUCAUUGUCUCUGACAGAUGUGACUGUAUAACUUUCCCAGGUUCUGUUUAUGGCCACAUUUAAUAUCUUCAGCUCUUUUUGUGGAUAUAAAAUGUGCAGAUGCAAUUGUUUGGGUGAUUCCUAAGCCACUUGAAAUGUUAGUCAUUGUUAUUUAUACAAGAUUGAAAAUCUUGUGUAAAUCCUGCCAUAUAAAAAGUUGUAGCAGAUUGUUUCCUCUUCCAAAGUAAAAUAUGCUGUGCUUUAUGGAUAGUAAGAAUGGCCCUAGAGUGGGAGUCCUGAUAACCCAUGCCUGUCUGACUACUUUGCCUUCUUUUGUAGCAUAUAGGUGAUGUUUGCUCUUGUUUUUAUUAAUUUAUAUGUAUAUUUUUUUAAUUUAACAUGAACAUCCUUAGAAAAUGUGUCCUAUCUAUCUUCCAAAUGCAAUUUGAUUGACUGCCCAUUCACCCAAAUUAUCCUGAACUCUUCUGCAAAAAUGGAUAUUAUUAGAAAUUAGAAAAAAAUUACGAAUUUCACACAUUAGAUUUUAUUUUACUAUUGGAAUCUGAUAUACUGUGUGCUUGUUUUAUAAAAUUUUGCUUUUAAUUAAAUAAAAGCUGGAAGCAAAGUAUAACCAUAUGAUACUAUCAUACUACUGAAACAGAUUUCAUACCUCAGAACUUAAAAGAACUUACUGAUUAUUUUCUUCAUCCAACUUAUGUUUUUAAAUGAGGAUUAUUGAUAGUACUCUUGGUUUUUAUACCAUUCAGAUCACUGAAUUUAUAAAGUACCCAUCUAGUACUUGAAAAAGUAAAGUGUUCUACCAGAUCUUAGGUAUAGAGGACCCUAACACAGUAUAUCCCAAGUGCACUUUCUAAUGUUUCUGGUCCUGAAGAAUUAAGAUACAAAUUAAUUUUACUCCAUAAACAGACUGUUAACUAUAGGAGCCUUAAUUUUUUUUUCAUAGAGAUUUGUCUAAUUGCAUCUCAAAAUUAUUCUGCCCUCCUUAAUUUGGGAAGGUUUGUGUUUUCUCUGGAAUGGUACAUGUCUUCCAUGUAUCUUUUGAACUGGCAAUUGUCUAUUUAUCUUUUAUUUUUUUAAGUCAGUAUGGUCUAACACUGGCAUGUUCAAAGCCACAUUAUUUCUAGUCCAAAAUUACAAGUAAUCAAGGGUCAUUAUGGGUUAGGCAUUAAUGUUUCUAUCUGAUUUUGUGCAAAAGCUUCAAAUUAAAACAGCUGCAUUAGAAAAAGAGGCGCUUCUCCCCUCCCCUACACCUAAAGGUGUGUUUAAACUAUCUUGUGUGAUUAACUUAUUUAGAGAUGCUGUAACUUAAAAUAGGGGAUAUUUAAGGUAGCUUCAGCUAGCUUUUAGGAAAAUCACUUUGUCUAACUCAGAAUUAUUUUUAAAAAGAAAUCUGGUCUUGUUAGAAAACAAAAUUUUAUUUUGUGCUCAAUUAAGUUUCAAACUUACUAUUUUGACAGUUAUUUUGAUAACAACGACACUAGAAAAUUUGACUCCAUUUCAUCAUUAUUUCUGCAUGAAUAUCAUACAAAUCAGUUAGUUUUUAGGUCAAGGGCUUACUAUUUCUGGGUCUUUUGCUACUAAGUUCACAUUAGAAUUAGUGCCAGAAUUUUAGGAACUUCAGAGAUCGUGUAUUGAGAUUUCUUAAAUAAUGCUUCAGAUAUUAUUGCUUUAUUGCUUUUUUGUAUUGGUUGAAACUGUACAUUUAAAAUUGCUAUGUUACUAUUUUCUACAAUUAAUAGUUUGUCUAUUUUAAAAUAAAUUAGUUGUUAAGAGUCUUAA